AUGAACCUCAUCUCCACUCUUGUCAAUGGAAUCACCGAAUACCUCGACAGUGGACCAAAGAAGUAUCACAUGGACCACGGGUAUAAGAUGCGAAAGAUUCCAAGGAUGUUCAAGAUUCUGGAAAAUGCAUCUGAUUUUAAGGCGCUCGAGUCUACCAAAGGAGGUCAAAGAAUCAGUUUGACUUUGGCUCCCGAAGGAUUUGAAAGAGUGAAUCCAAAAAGCUUGGAGUUUAUUAGGGAGAUGUUGCUCUCCCUCUUCACUCACUAUCCGGACAUCCAGAAGGAAUUGGAAGCUCCAUUUCCCAGAAACACUAUCGCAGUUUCUUUCUCGGAGUUCAACUUCCAAGUUGGUAAAUCUUGCCAAAAGUUUUCUCCAGCUCUCGGUUCGAAAACCGGGUUUCUGACCUACCAGAAACUCUCUCCCAACAUCCAAGCAACCUACUACAAUGAGAAAGAAGAAUGCUUUUUGGCAGGUGUCUGCUAUUACCCAGUACUGAUUGGAAAGGCGAAAUGCUUUGAGAAUGACCGGGCAGCGAUCCAUCUUGCUCGUGCAUCUAGUGAGCCUUUCCCAUUACAAGAUCGGGAAAAGUCUUACAAGAAAGUCAUGUACAAAGGGUAUGGCAGAUACUGUAGUAUUGCCAAGAAAAGAGUCACUUUGGACUGCAGUGGGAAGUAUGUCAGACAUCUGGAGUACGAUCAUUUUUGGAAUACCUAUAUCAGGACGCCGUGUGAAGAAUGUCUCGUGGAUUCGGUGACGUAUAAAUGGAAAGGUCCAAAAGAAGAAGCAUCCACUUCAUCCGCAGCUUCUACCUCAGGAGUCCAACAAACUAUUCGUGAGACUCCGAUUCUGUCAGGUUCUGAUCUGAGUGAAAAAGUGGUGGAAUUGGACCUUCCUGAGCAGGUAGAGGAAGUUAUGCCAUCUCUCAACACAGACACACUCGAUUCUAAAGAUCUGGAAGAAUCUGAAGCCGCCGAGGACAGUCAAGAACGCGCUUCAUCACCUAUGUCGUCUGUCGGGAGUCUUCUGAAAGACUACGAUCAAUUUGAAGAUGCUUCGUCUGAUUUCGAAUCAGACAUCGAUGCAGAAGUGAUUGGCUAA